UCUUCUUAGUUUUCUUCACCCUUUUAAGACCUGGUGGACAUAUUCAAUAAAAAUCAAACUUUUCCAGAAAGCUCCAUCAAGAUGGAAAGCUCUGUAAGAGAAGGCGAAGGCAUGCUUCCUCCAUUGAAUCCCAUGGCAGGACAAGAAGAAGAAGAAGAGAAAUAUAGGUUUGACUCAAAUCGAAAAACCAAAGAGGAGAUAGUGAUAGAAGAGCGAGAAGAAGGUAAAGGCGGUGGAGGCCUUAUUAGGAACUUGAUGUCCACCAUGGCCACACCUCUGGGAACGAGAACAGGGGAAGCCGAAACAGAGGACGACGCCAGAAAUGAUAUCCCGAAGAAGGAAGGUGAAGAAGAUGGCGAUAUCGGGGUAGAAGAAGGAGGGAUCUUGAAUAAUAUAAUCUCCAAUUUGUUUCAUCAAAAUGGAGAUCAACAAGGUAAGAAAAUGGAAGAUGAUGAUGAAGAGAAGAACAAGCAAGUGAAAACAGAGGAGGACACUAAUGGCGGCGUCAUUGAGAACAUCGUCUCCCACUUGCCUCCUUCGAUCCCAGAUGAUGCGGUUCCCACGGCUGACGAGGCUGCCAUUCUAAUAAACUCUCUUGUUCGUGAUUAAGGCCUAAUGGAAGCUUUAUUUCACUUCAGAACCACAAACCUUCAUUUAUUUGACUUUUUUAAUUUCCUUAUUAUAUUUUGCCUUUCCAAUUAUCAUAUUGUAAUUAUUGUUACUGUAAUUUUUCUCCCUUUUGGUUUUGGACUUGUAAUUAUUCUUUCCACAGGGAUGUCAAAAACAGCUCCGUCUUGUCAUGUGCAUGACUCCU